AUGUGUGGAUACGGCGUAGAAAUAAUACAAAAAUCGAACACUACGAUGCAUGCUCGGUACACCUUUCUUUUACUGACAGCUUCUGCAUUGAUCGCAAGUAAUGUACUGGAAAGAAGAAACAUAGCACCAUGUCCCAUCGGUUCCAGGCCAAUGUAUCGUCCCGAUGGUCAACCACGCAAAUGCCUUCCUCAUCAAAACAGCCUUUGCGUAAACGCUUUGCCAGAUCAGCCUAAUGCAGCGACGGUAUGCUGUUGGCAUAAUCAAGUGGAUUACUUCUGUUGUCUUGAUGUAGCACCAUUGGACUGCCCUGAUUAUCACAAUGUCACUGUGGUUGUACACAAUGCAAAUCCGCAAAAUCCAUUCGCUCUGCGUUCGUUUCAUUUCAGAGAAGGCAUUGAAGAUGAGAUAGCUGCGAUGACAAAGGAAUUAAUACGCGAUAAUACAGUGCGUGAAGAGAAGGAAGUUUUGGUUAGGCACAAUAAUGCACGAAACUGAUUGUAUUAACAUCACUUUCAAAUUGAUCCUUGUAUUCUGAUGGUAUAGUUCUAAUGUGCAAUAGCGCUCGAGUUUUUGUAAACUUUUGUAAAUGUAUGAAAUAUGGCU